UGAUUUUUGUAGUAAAGAAAAAUAUGACAUGUAUUAAGUUCUUUCUUAAGUAUAGAAUCAGGAACAAAACUUUUUUGCGACAUGUCUUCAAAGUAUGAAAGACAGAAAGUUCUGAUUGGCUACAGGUACUACAACAAGGAACAUAUGAAGGUGACUAUAUUAGGCGACAGAUAUAAUCUUCAGACAUCCAGCAAAGGCAAGAAAAGGUCGUUUAUACCAAAAACAAAAAGAGCUGUUACUUUGAAAUUUGGAAAAAUGUAUCUAUGGAUAGUUUUAUCGUUCAUUGUGUUGAGUGCCAGUAUGUUUGAAGCAUCUAAGGUAUCAGAAAACGUGUUGAAAGAUAAUAAAGGUGAGGAAUACGACGUCAUUGAUGUUCAAAUUGGGAACACAGAUAUUGCAAUUAUCCAGAAAGAUGGUGUUAUACUGGCAGACGAAAUAACCAGUGUAGACAAAGAGUAUUCAAUCAUCAAGUAUAACGGAACCUGCAAUGUUCAGUUUUAUGAGGACACUUCAGAUUCUAAAACAUGCUAUGAAGCUUUUGAAGAUGACGUAAGCAUCCCGAAUGACACCAAAACAGAAAUCAAAGAAGAAUGUGGAGAAUUGGAUAUUGCUUAUGUUAAGGCUGUUCAUUGUAACACACAACACGGCAUCCAAAAAAGGUCAUGUUGUUAUUAUAACUACCUUGGUCGAUGUUACAGAAUGAUAGGAUGGUGGGUGUACAGAUAUUAUAUCUGCUGGUACACAGUCUUUAGAUGCUAUUGAUUUGGAAAAUGUGAGUGCUUCUUCAUAGAUUCAGUACUUUUGACUUUUCGCAACUUUUUUAUUACUAUAUCAAGAUUCCUAAGACACUUCUGUAUGGCUUACUACGCUAUAUAUUUGAAAAUGUGUUUGUCAGUGCGUCUCUCACGGAUUCUGUGUUAUAUCUAAAAGACAAAUUUCAGAUCUGAUUGUGUUUGUUUAAAAUAAAUAAGGUUUUUUUUCUCAAAUGUUUAAAUCAUACUUGGGAAAAGUAAAAUAACUAGAAUACCGAACUCCGAGGAAACUUCAAAACAAAAAGUAUCUUAUCAAAUGAUGUAGAAAAUAAAGGAUUAAAUCUGGUUUUAUAUCUGUCGAAACCUCUCACUUGAAUGACGCAUUAAACCUGCUUUCAUAGAUAGCUUUACCUCUCAUUUGUAAGACGAAUGUUUAAUUCAAACUAUAAUUGUUACCUUUUACAAAUAAAAAUGAAACAAUCAUAA